GAGGCGCUGGCGCGGAGUUACAAGGGAGGCGGCCGCGAGGAUCCUGCACGUUCCCUGCUGCCCGCAUUCCCACGAUCUGUCUUGGAGCGAAGCUGAGACUAGCCUUGCAGGAGCGCUCCACGUAAACCUGUACUGCUGGGUUGUUCGCAGGGGGCCGCCUUCUUUUUGAAACACCUGGCCUCAAAACCUUGCUUGGUGCUCUGCGUCAUUUGGUUGGUCCCACGUCUACGCUCCUUCUUCCUGUGGCCAUUAAUUCCUUUAAUGCAAGAAAGCUGUUUCCUUUUGAUCCCUCAAGAUGGAGGACAAAAAAGUUGUCGUGGUCUUUGGUGUGACAGGGGCCCAGGGAGGGGCGGUGGCGCGGGCCCUGCUGGCGGACGGCACCUUCGUGGUGCGAGGCAUCACCCGCCAGCCGCAGCAGAAGGCAGCCCGGGAGCUGGUGAAGGUGGGGGUGGACGUGGUGAAGGCAGACCUGGACGAUGCCCAGAGCCUGGAGGCAGCCCUGCGGGGGGUGGACGCGGCUUUCCUGGUGACGGAUUUCUGGGAACACCUCAGUGAAGAACGGGAAGUGGCCCAGGGCAAGCGGGUGGCUGACUUGGCCCGGCAUCUGGGCUUGAGCUACGUGGUAUACAGCGGCCUGGAGAACGUGAGGCAGCUGACGGGCGGGCAGCUGGCAGUGCCACACUUUGACGGCAAAGGCCAGGUGGAAGAGUACUUCAGGAGCCUCGGCGUGCCCGUGACCUGUGUCAGGCUGCCCUGCUAUUUUGAGAACUUCCUGACCGUCUUCCGGCCUCAGAAGGCCCGCAGUGGAGACGGCUACGAACUGGCUAUCCCCAUGGGCGAUGUCCCGCUGGACGGCCUGGCUGUAGCUGACCUCGGGCCUGUUGUGGUCACACUGAUGAAGGAGCCAGAGAAGUACCAAGGGCAGACCAUCGGCCUGAGCAUGGGCAAGCUGACAGUGGCAGAGUAUGCUGCCUUAAUGUCCAGGCACACUGGCAAGACCAUCAGAGAUGCCAAGAUGUCCCUCGAAACCUAUGAGCAGCUGGGCUUUGCUGGCGCUCAGGAGCUGGCCAACAUGUUCCGUUUCAACCGCAUGAAGCCCGAGCGGGACGUCGCCUUGACCCAGCAGCUCAACCCCCAGGCGAGAACCUUUGAGGAAUGGAUGCGGAAGCAGCGGGCCGCCUUCCGGGACUUGUGAGAGGGAAAAAGGUUCUGCUCCAAUCUGAAAGGGAGAGGGCAAUCUGGGGCCAGGCUCAGCUUCUCUCUCAGGCCCAGGGGCUGUGGCUGCCCCACACAGAAAGGGGCAAAACACAUCAUCCUUAAGAGGGUAGGUGAAGCUGCCGGGCUUAGAGUCUUCCCCAGAGCCAAACCCCCACCCCCGCCCCCCAGGCCAAUUCUCUCAGGUGGGUGCCAACUCCGGCAUGCUCCUUUAAGGGGCUGCAGCAUACCAAGGCAGCCAGAACAGCGGCCUCCUUUUCGUCAGGAGGGCUGUGAUUGUGUGUUCCUGCAGGGGAGGGGGUAGGACUGGAUGGCCCUUGGGGGUAUCUCCCAACUCUAGGAUUCUAUGAAGGGGGAACGCCUCAUUUCUCCAUGACAACCAGAUGCAACCAGAAAUGGCUUUUCAAUCACCAUAAGCAGAGGAAGGAAAAGUGACCAGUUUCCAACGCUCCCCUCUCGAUCUGAACAGCUCCCAAGGCAAACCCAGGAACAUUCUUUCUACUUCCCUCUUUCCAUCCCCCCAAGCCCUAAAUGUUGGAGUUUUGAAAAACAAAAUAAAACAAAUUA